GUCUGGAGGUCGUUCGAAUCCCCUCCCCCUCUCGUGGCCCGAGCUGGACUUCGGGCUGUCAACGCUCAUCGGCCGCGGGACCGCCUCACACAAACUCAGCGAACGGGGCCAUUUCUCUCCAUCUCUCCAGCUGUGGCGACGUUGAAGGAACCUUUGCCGAGGUGUCACUUGCUGUGAGUCGAAGUCCAUCUGAUGAUGUUGUCCCAAUGUUAAUAUAUAGGGAAUUUCAAUCCCAAGCCAUGAAUUAUGUUGGGCAGUUGGCUGAGCAGGUGUUUGUCACGGUGAAGGAGCUUUACAAAGGAUUGAAUCCAGCUACCUUGACAGGAUGCAUCGAUGUCAUCGUAGUGAGGCAGCCAGAUGGCUCGUACCAUUGUUCACCCUUUCACGUUCGUUUUGGGAAGCUUGGGGUAUUGCGAUCAAAAGAGAAGGUGGUUGACAUUGAAAUCAAUGGUGAACCCGUAGAGCUACAAAUGAAACUUGGAGACAAUGGGGAGGCUUUUUUUGUGGAAGAAACUGAGAAAGAUGAGGGCAUUGUUCCAACACACUUAACAACAUCACCGAUACCAGUUGAAGGAGCUUAUUUUGCAAGAGAGCAAGAUUUGGCUAGUCCUGAGUUAAUUCAGAAUCCGGAACUGCCCAGUCUAUUUAGUGGUACAGAAAUUGACAACACUAUAAAUAAUACUUCAGCCAAAAAGAAAAGACGUCGAAGAAGGAAGCACAAACCUGACAAUUCAAAGAAGGAUGACCAGGAGUCCUCAUCGGAUGAGCAAGAAAUAGCUGACAUGGACAUUAGUUCAGAAGAACAGCUGCGAUGUAUACCAACAAACAGUGAAAUGUGUAAUUUCUUUUCUGAAGUACCCAAUAAAGAUUCAAGCAUCUACUACUCUCGAGAAAUCUAUCCAUAUUCAGAUGGUGAAUGGUCUUCUGUUGAGAGCUAUUCUUACGAUCGAAUUUCAUCACCAAAAAGUGACUCAGAAUUGGUUGUAAAAUCACAUGAAGGAUCCUUUAUGGGAACAGAAUCUCGGAUGCAGUGGACUUGGGGAGGUUUUCCACAGGUCAGUAAAAUGGAGAAGAGUGAGCAGCCAAGAAUAGCCACCAUUACACCUUCUGAACAUACACAUUUCCGAGUCAUCACGGACAGUAGUGCAGCAGAUGGAACUGCUUGUGAUUCCUCUGAAAUCGACAAUAUCAUAACUGUUUUCAAGCCUCAGCCUCGAACCCAAAGAAGUCCUGCAUUGCAUGAAACAUCCAUGGUGCAGACAGUACUACCCAAAACAGAGACAGCAUUCCUAGAAGACACUUCUUGGACAAUGGAACAAACAGACAUUGUGACAGAGACUUUAGUGUCAAAUGUUGCAGGCCAAACAUUGCUGUCAGAAACUACUGAAACAUGUACAUCAGAAUCUCAAGGCAUUGAGGUCUUUCAGCCAACUCCUCGUCAAGAACCUGAAAGCCCACAUGCUUUAGAAAGUAGUAAUAAUCCAGCCCAACAGACAUUAUGCCUCGAUACCAAUGUAAAACCAGAAGAAGUAGAUAAAAAGAAAGGUGGACCUAAAAGAAGCCAACAUCUGGGUCCCUGUGAUAUUUAUUUAGAUGACCUACAAAAGUUGGAUCCUAAUAUUGCAGCUCUGUAUUUCCCAAAGAGUGAACAGGAUUCAAGUUCUAAGCAGUUGAGCGAAUUUGGUACACAUUCAGAAUCACAAUCUCCACAAUCAGUAGGAAGUGCAGGUGCAGAUAGUGGCACGGAAUAUCUGUCUGAUUCAGCUAGUGAGCUCCCAGAUGUACAUCUCUCUCUGUGUGGUGGCCUCAGUGAUAACAAUGAGAUUUCUCAAGGGAAAUUUGAGCAACACAUGGUCACGUACCAGGAUCUCGUUGAAAAUCCUGGAAUUAUUGAUGAUCCAAAUUUGGUUAUUGGAAUUAAUAAAAAAUAUUAUAACUGGGCAGUCGCUGCACCCAUGAUUCUCUGCAUUCAAGUUUUUCAGAAGAAUUUACCUAAGGCUACUGUAGAUAAGUUGGUAAAGGAAAAGAUGCCAAAGAAGACUGGUGGCUGGUGGUUCUCCUGGCGCAGAAAGAACUCUACAGUAAAGGAGCCAGAAUCCAGUAUCAAAAAAGGUCAAGGACAGAAUGAAAGAAGUGAAAAUAAACAAGCUAGCUUACUUGAAGGUUGCAGAUCUAAGGAAGAGUUGACUUCUAGUGAUGAUGACUUCAAUACCAUCAAGGACCGUCCAAAGCCAGGUUCUAAAUGUCGAGAUUCACCUUGUCAGAGCAAUACAGCUACCUACAAAAAGUCCCUGAGGCUGUCCUCAGAAAAACUGAAAAGUUUAAAUCUGAAGGAUGGCCCAAAUAAUGCAGUGUUCAGUGUGACAACUCAAUAUCAGGGAACCUGUCGAUGUGAAGGAACCAUUUACCUCUGGAACUGGGAUGAUAAAGUUAUUAUAUCUGACAUUGAUGGCACAAUUACAAAAUCUGAUGCUUUAGGGCAUAUUUUGCCACAGCUGGGAAAAGAUUGGACCCACCAGGGCAUUGCAAAACUCUACCAUAAGAUACAUCAGAAUGGAUACAAAUUUCUAUACUGCUCAGCCCGUGCCAUUGGAAUGGCAGAUAUAACCAGGGGAUACUUACACUGGGUUAAUGAUAGAGGUACUGUGCUUCCCAGAGGACCACUCCUGCUAGCUCCGAGUAGUUUGAUUUCAGCAUUACACAGGGAAGUUAUUGAGAAGAAACCAGAAGUGUUCAAAAUUCAUUGCUUGAAUGACAUCAGGAAUCUAUUUAAUCCACAUAGGUGUCCAUUUUAUGCUGCAUUUGGAAACAGGAGUAAUGAUGCUUAUGCAUACAAACAAGUCAGUGUCCAAGAAAGCAGAAUUUUCAUAGUAAAUCCCAAAGGAGAAUUAAUUCAGGAACAAACCAAGAGCAACAAGUCAUCGUAUCCAAGGUUGGGUGAGUUAGUGGAACAUGUAUUUCCACUAAUAGCACAAGAAAGAAGCUCAGCUUUUAUUUACCCUGAAUACAGCCAUUUUGCAUUUUGGCGGGAACCACUUUGUGAACUUGAUUCAGAUGAGCUCAAUGAACUUAAAAUCACUAAAGAGUAAUAAGUCAUUGCAAGAACUAUAAACUAUCAGCAACGUUGAGGCACGUCAGUGCCUUCAAUUCUAAUGUGAUCUGCAACUUCUGAUUUUUCGCAACUUCUGAUUUUUAUUCCAAUGAAGUGGAAAAUCUGUAAUUUAUUUAAUUAAGUAGCAAUUAUUAUCUGAGUAAAAUCAAGUAAUGUUUCAAUAGGUACCACUUGUGACAAGUCUUACAUUACUCUUUCCCCAUCAAGCUGCAAUUAUGCAGUUUUGAAUUGUGCACUGAAAAUUUGAAAUGCAAAUGAAGGUGUAUUUCAGACUACAAAUCCCUUGAAAAGCCAUUGUGCUUAUGGCACAGCACUUUCAUCUCUGUGGGUCAAUUCCCAUAUUUUCUUGUAUUCCUGUGACGAUGCAGAUGACAAUCUAUUUUCUAUUUUCUGCUCCUGAUCAAAACUAGAUAUUUGUUGUAAUCCCAACACACAAUAUUGUUUCUGGCAUUACUGCAGUGGCUGCCCUAAUAAAGUGGAGACUUAUUGUGAUGCUUGGAUAUCUGACAAAGCUGGUCUACAUGUAGCAUCAAGCAAGUUGCUUUAUAUAGUUGGAAAGGCUGACAUAGCAAUCAAGCACUGAGAAGCUGGGGAGGUAUUUUGAUUGUUUGGGUUGGACUGAGCCAAAGCCUGGAAAAGGGGUGAGGUAGCCUGUUUAAUCAGAGGUCUUAUCAGAGCGUGGUAACAGGACUAAAGAUGAUAGAGACCAGGCCAUGGAAAAGAAGAGAAACAUGGAGUGAGGUAGUUAGACACUUAAACACCAGGCACUUAGAUGUAAGACAGGUGAAAAUGAAAAUGCGUACAAGCAUUGUGAUGCCUGACUGCUGACUAGAACUAAUUCUAUGGUGCAGAAGUUUAGAAGAAGGUAAAGAAGAAAAUCUACAGCAGGGGGAGCCUGCUGAUUAGUUGGUUCCUCUUUGCAUGCUGUUCUAAAAGGAAUAGAGUAGUUGUGGAGUUUUAAAUGAAAAACAUAAUUGCACAUGGUAAAAUCCCUUCUUCACUCCUUUAAACACUGUGGAGGUAAAGCAAAAUAUGAAAUAUUUCAUGUAAAUUGCAUGGAGUAGAGGGACUUUGAAACUCUUGCCCUUGUGCUGUACAAUUUUAGAUGUGGCAUAAACAAAGAUCUCUGUUCAAUUUGAUGUUCUUCCUUGAUUCAACAUUUAUAAGAUUCAAAUUCAAUCAGCUGUUUUUUUUUCUUUCGUUGGUUUAAUGUUUGCUGUUAUAAAUAAACUACUGCAUUGACCUGUCUGGAGUUGUUUCAGCAGGGAACAACUUGCAUAAUAAAUUUGACCCAAGUGCAUUUAUUAUAACAUUUAUACUGGAUGUAACAGUGAAAUUACGUGCAAGCAAAUCAGUAGUACAAUUUAGCAGAAUAAGUUGUAAGAGCUGUUUAAGGAAGAAAUUUUCAAUAUUUUAGCUGAACUUUUUUAAUGAUCUUACUAAUCCAUAGGUUGUAUGGUAUAAGUUUGAUUAUACUGCAAUGCCAGUCCAAGAGCUUGUUUGACAGAAAUGCUAUUAAAUUGUAUAAGGCAUGGUACUGAGCACAGAAUUGCAAAACAAAAACUUGUGAACUUAAAUUCUUCAACUAACUAACCUCAGUUGCAGCUUUGUACGAACUAUGAGAUGAAGUGACAUGAAAGGCAAUUUCAUUUUUAAGACAAGAAAAAGUCCUGUUUCUCCUGCUCAAACAGUGUUGGCUUAGUUUGCAGCUAGUGAGUGUGCAGCCAGAUAACUAUUCUUCAUCUCCUUAUGAGGGCUAGGUUUAUAAUAUUGAGACGUCUCCCUGGGGGAGGGGGUAGAGAGAAGAGGGGAAUGCAGAAAAAUCUUAGAGCUGUGCAAUUGUAUUAUGGAACAGUUAUUAUAUGGUAGAUGUUUGAAUUUUUCUGUUAUUCCACUUUCUCUAGAUUUGAAAUACUAUGGGUUGCAUUUUAAUCUAAAUGUAGGAGUUAUGCUGUUCCUAUUCAGCAAGUACUGAUUGGACGUUAAUAGACCAUUUGAAAUGUAUGUUCUUUCUGUGAAAGAUCAGACAUUUGUAAAACAUUUUUAGCUCAUUUAUGUAUUUUAACUGUGCUGCACGUAUUCCCUGUAUGAACUAAGUUUUGUAACUUAUCUAAGUUAUGUGAUAAUUUACUUAAAUGAUAUAUUACAUAGCAGAUAUUCACCUGAUGUAAUACAACUGCUCUGGAUCAGGGCAAAGCACAGUACAGCACAGAAAGCAAAUGCUUGCAAGCAAUAGUUUGCUUAAUUUGCCUGGAAAAUAUUUGACGAUUUAAACAGUAAUUCAAAAUAAUUUAUUAAACUAACAAUUCUAUAUGAGCUUUUUAAUGCAGUUAUGAAUGUUGAACAAAAUAGACCCAACUUUAAAUAAUAAGCAUCCUACAUGCUCAAUAUUGGUAUUUAUGAUCCAAAUGAAGUUUGUUGUUGUAUGGUAUGUUAAAGUAAGAAGUAUACAGUUCUGGAAAAUCACUCCAUAAUCAACCAGUAAUAUGGUGAAGUAAAUGUAACUGAACUUCCAACUUAGAUUUGCUACAUUGAAGUUAUUAUAAUCUAUAUAAUUAUUAA